AUGUCGAGGGUUCUCGCCGUCGAUCUGUUGAACCCGGCUCCCGCCGCCGAGGCCAAGAAGCACAAGCUCAAGACCCUUGUGCCCGCCCCCCGCUCAUUCUUCAUGGACGUCAAGUGCCCCGGCUGCUUCACCAUCACCACCGUCUUCUCGCACGCCCAGACCGUCGUCAUCUGCCAAGGCUGCACCACUGUCCUCUGCCAGCCCACCGGUGGCAAGGCCCGUCUCACUGAGGGCUGCUCCUUCCGCAGGAAGUAA